AUGUCUCCAACCCAUCCAUCCAACUCAUCCAAAACCAUCGCCAUCUUAGGCGCUACAGGUAAUCAAGGAGGCGGUCUUGUCCGUGCUCUUCUCCAGAAAAAUAAAGACAACCCAGCAUCCCCUCCAUUCACUAUCCACGCUCUCACUCGCGACGUCCACUCGGCCUCGGCUCAGCGUCUAAAAGCAUCCUAUCCAAAUAACGAUGCAUUGAAACUUAUUCCUGCAGACGUGUAUAAUGUCGAAUCCCUUCGUCAGGCUUUCGAAGGGGCUGACGGUAUGUUCGCCGUCACGAAUAAUCGGAUCCCGGGCAAAUUGAUUCAAACGGAAGAAGAAAUGAGACAUGAGCUGGUAGCAGGGAGGAAUAUCGUUGAUGCUGCCAAAGCCUGCCACAUCUCUCAUGUCGUCAUGAGCAGUCUCCCCAACAUCGCCGAGGCAAGUCAGGGUCGUUUCACCAAAGUGUAUCAUUUCGAUCAUAAAAAUCAAAUCGAAAAAUGGGCGAGAGAAGAGCUAUAUGCUAUUACUAGCUUGCAUCCUGGAUACUUUUAUUCGAAUAUGCAAUGGCCGCAAUAUUGUCGACGACAAGCUGAUGGAAUUGUUCGCUUCUGCCCCCCAGUACCAGGGGACACAUUGGCCGAUUGGGUCGAUCCCGCCUACGAUAUAGGGAAUUAUGCUGCUGAAAUCUUCGUUCAAGGCCCCCAGAAAACCGCCUCCAAGAUAUACCCCGUCACCAGUCCGAAGGUCCCCUUCGCCCAACUCGCUACAAUCUUCGAAAGCGUGACAUCGCAGAAAGCUGUAUUCGAUCCUAUUACUUUGGACGAGUGGGGUUCUACCGUUGCUGCGGCCACAGGCAAGGGUUAUGAGGAUGAUAUCAGGCAGAUGGAGUGGACCGUCGUGGCGCCGAAGAACAAGAUCGCUUAUGGAACUAUAAAUCCUGACGAUGAUACGUCUUGGAGAGACCUGGGAGUAAGGGCAAGUACGUUCGAAGAAUGGAUAGAAAGGACGAAAUGGAACUGGCCUCAAUGA